AUGGGCUCUUGCGGCAGCAAGCCAACCGGGGAGGAGGAGGCUGUGGAUCACCGCUGGACGGAGCCGAACGCGCCGAACCGUGAGGCGUUCGAGAGCGGCGAGCUUCUGCACGAGCCACCGCAGUUCGUCCACUUUGACCCUGUGAAGAACGAGGCGAGGCCGCUGCUCAUCAAGGAGAUCAAGCUGCCCCGCGCGACUCAAACGCACGAGGUCUGCUACGAGCCGUCGACGCGGUGCGUCUUUGUGUCGCAGAUGAGCAACUCGACGCUGGUGCGGAUCCCGGUCGACGAGCGCGGCGUGCUGGUGGACGACCAGGACGCAUGGAGGAUGGGCGAAUGCGACGCUGCGACGGGUGCUGGCAUCUCCGGCCUGCACAACAUCUCUCCCUCAAAGGCGCACCCGGGCUGUCUCUGGAUGACGCUGCAGUAUGCAAACGAGCUGCUCCUCGUCGAUGUGCGCGGAGAGCACCCGCUGCGCAUUCGGCAGGUCCUCAAGGUGCCUACGCUCUGCACCGAUCCCGCCACCGGCGAGACCCAGCGCGUCGGUGGGCCGCACUGCAUGCGCGAGUGUCCGAUCUCCGGCGAGCUGUGGGUCGGCCUCAAGGGCGGCACCAUAUGGAGUCGCACGCACACAACCCUUCUGGGCUCGCUCAAGGACACGCCCUGCCGCUCGCGCGGCCGCGGCGGCCGCAGCUCGUGCUGCGACCCGGACGCAAACGAGACAAACAUGGCGGAGCUCGCGCGGCGAGGCCACGACACGCCCCUCCCCGACGGGUGGGCGGUGUGGCGCGUGGCGCCGAGCGAGUACGACCCGAGCGCCAAGGGCGGUCAGGGCAAGGGCGGCAGGCUCUACCCGUGCCUCACCUCGCCGCCGAUGCUCGACUUCGACUCGCUCGGCAACGUCUACGUCCCGCAGGACGGGGUCGACACGGUCCCCUUCCCGGCGAGCGGCGCGACGCCGCGCAUCACAGGCCCCGCCGUCGCGAGACAGUGGGUCCUCGACCGCCACAGGACAUGCUCGUACAACUCUCUCGUGCGCAUCGACCCGCGCCGCGGCCACACGCGCGAGCUCUACGCCUUCGGCGGGCCGCCCUGGUGCAAGACGAUCCGCCUGAUCCACCUCGCCUUUGGCAGCGGCGGCCGCGGAAACUUCAUCUACGCGCUUGCUUCGGACCUCCUCGAGGACGAGGCGGUCGACGCGGUCGUCGUGCUACGGAUGGACGAGAGCUGGGCGCGCUGCCUCGGCCGACGGGUCAUCCCGCUGCCGACGCAAGACUGCUCGUGCCACCGCAUCGCCGUGGUCGACGCGGGCCCUAACCUCGGAGGGGACGGGCGCUCGAUCGUCAUCACCGAGCUCGCCUCGUCAAAGCUGUUGCAGGCCCGAGAUAUACGCACAGUCGAGUUGCGCCACCUGGUCGACUUCCAGCCGCUCGACGAGUCGGUCUCGACCGACGCGGACGGUUUCGUGGUGCACAGCUACACGACGGGUGAGUCCGAGGCCGGCCACAAUUGCUGAGCGCCGGCCUCGUCCUGGGUCCCAAAGAGCGGGAGGGAGCGCCAGAGGCUCCGCCACAGCAUCACGCCGGUGGCGGUAGCGAGGGCGUGCGAGGAGCGAGGAGGAGAAAGAGGACGAGAUCGUGUGGCGGCGAAGAGAAAGCUCGAGAGAGAUAGCGGCACGGAGGCGGCUAACUAAGGUAGGAAAGGGGUGGGGUAAGGUGUGUGGACCGUGAGCCGAGGGUUUCCUCGGGCGCCUCCUUCUAUGAACGAUGGGAGCUUCUGUGUCCCCUAGCCAAUGAAAGGAAGCUAGAGCCGU